UAGGAAAAAGUUCUCAGAGGGAGAGAAAGAAACAGGAAAAGGCUCCGGCCCGGCCUCCGCAGCUCCCAGGGACACCCGCCGGGCGCAGCGCCGUUCGCAGUUCCAGCCAAUCAGAGAGCGCGCUGAACAAUUCCCAGCCAACCAGAGCUCUUCUCGCCGAUGACUCACCCGUUGCCAGGCGCACCCGCGGAGCCCCGCGGCCCCGGAGCGGAGUUCGGGGCUCGGGCCGGGGGCGCGGAUCCGCACCGGGGGGCCCCGAGCCCCCUGCCCACCCCCGGGGCCGACCGGGGGCUGCCCCACCCAGCAGCCGGUGCUGCGGCGGCCGCGGGGCAGAGGGGCGGCCAAGGGGGGUCCGGGCUGGGAGCGGAGGGAAUGCGGGAGGAAGAGGAGGGAGAGGAGCGGGAGCGGGAGAAUCCCGCCGCUCGCAGCGCCCGCACGCUGGGGCUGCAGCACCCCCUGCCCCGGGAGCAUCGCCCCCAGCCCCGAGCCGCAGGGGAGGCCGAGCUCGCCCCGGCUCUGCCGAGGGAUCUCCGGGAGGAUUUUUUUGGAGAGUGUUGGGAGGCGGCAGAUCCCGGACUCGAGCCCCGGAUAUCGCCGGGCUCCCUACGAGGAGCUUUUUCGGGGGGAGAGGAGCCGCGAUCGCCCCUCGGGAGGGUCCCGGGGGGUCCACGCGGGGCUGGCCCGUUUGAAGAGAUUGUCCUUGAGUCUCCAGCUGGAACAGGAUUGUUUUGUCCUCACCACUCUGUGAAAAGAUCCCAGGAACACUUAAUAUAAAGCUAAAAGCUGCACACCAAAACAGAACAGAACAACUUAAAACCUAAGGUAUCAGUUGUCUGUGGACGGACAUACAGAGGGACAGAGGCAAGACACCUUUGCUUUUAGUUACUUUUUAGCUCGCUGAGGCAGAGAAGUUCCCUGGACUGUGAUUUUUCUU